AUGGCGGAGAAGCGCAAACUCCCGGCGCGCGAACGUCGAGAACCGGCAGCCAAACGACGAGUCUCCGAGGCGAUUUCCGAGAGCUCGAGCAGAAGGAAAAAAUCAACUCCUGCGUUAACCCAGGCCUCCACCCCGGUCGCUAAGCCUACACCUGAACGUCAAGCUACACCCGAACCAAUCGAAGAACCACUUCCCACAAAAGUCAAAGAGGCAGAUCCCUUGCCAACGAGGAUAAAAGCUCAGCCGUCACUUACUCUGUCCGACAAGGAAUAUCAGUCCUUUGCAGAGAGUGCCAUUCUCAGCAUCUCCCUCGACCGAUCCAAGAAAAAGUGGCUAAGCGAUGGCAUCUUCGAAAGAUAUUGGACGAAACCCAAGAAAACGAAAAGGGAGCAGCUCGAAGGCAAAAACCCUCCUAAAGAUUCGAUGACUAAAAUCGGAGCUUGCAAGAUCAUCAUCGAGCCCCAUCAUUUCGAUGGUAUGAUCUAUACCGUCAAAGAUCCCAACGCCAAACCAACCGUUCAGAUAACUGCGCCGCAACGGCAUAUCAUCCACUACGGCCCUCCGCCACCCCAAGCCGGAUACCAAUAUCAGCAUUAUGCUCCUCCGCAGCAGAUGCGACCUCCUCCAUAUCCUUAUCAAACUCCGAAUACGCAACAUGUUCCUCCGCGGGCUCCGCAGCCACCACAAUCAGUCUCUCGCCAACCGCCGGUCCAGGCACAAGGACCUCCGCCUCAGCCUGCAAAGCCGAGCCCGGACCCUGUUAUUCAAAUGCUCGCAACAAGAGCAGCUUCGGAUCCUGAAUUGAAGGCGUUGAUGAGGAUUGUGGCGUCAAGCAAAGCGACCCAGGAGCAGUUGCGCAUUUUUCAGGGUCAUAUUGACGAGCUUAAUGCCAUCAUUCGACAAAGAGAAAGACAGCAGCAGCAAUACUAUCAGCAAAACCCACAAGCACCGCGUCCUCAAUCCGCUCAGCCUCAAAAUUCGCCACCUGCUGCACCACUCACUCCGCAACAAGCCCAGAAACCUCCGCAGCAAUCGCAGACUGUGUCUACUCAAUCAACACCUGCUCCUGCGCCUUCAUCUACACCCAAGUCACCUUCAACACCGGUACCUAUAAGUAAUACCGUGAAGCCAGAGGCACCAUCACAAUCAGGAGCACAAGCAACGUCUCAAGCUAAUUCCACCAAGCAAGAAUCCCAAUCGCAACCUGCUCCUAGCACUGCUCAAUCGAGCAACACUAAUAUCGAUACCCCCACACCUAACGACACUCCUAAUAUCAAGACAGAACCUGAAAUGUCUACAACUGCUGCCGCUGCUCCCACUCCUCCUCCAGCAGCUUCAGCACCUCCAACCCCUACCCCUCCUGUGCAACCGCCGACUGUGGCGCCUAUAUCCACCCCGGCUGCUCCUUCACCAGCUCCCUACAACGCACCUAAAGUCUCGCCAGCACCUGGUUACGCUUCGGCGAACCCAUCACCACAGCCAUUGUCACCGUACCCUCCAGGUCCAUCACAGCACUCACCAUACCAUACACCUUACUACCCUACUGGACCGCCCCCUAUCAAAGCUCGCGGUGCUCCUCCAAACUAUGGCCCGUCAAACACUUAUUACCAAUCAGUGCCCGCUCCUCCGGCUCCCAAGCCACCUAUCAAGGCUGUUGUUUUUGAGUUUACUUCUCCAUUAACUCCCUACGGAAGCAGCACGUCCGGUCAUGCUGGAUCAGGUGAUCGCUAUCUGUUCCCAGAAUACACGAUUUUGGAAUAUCAAGCUGGAGGAACUGUGCUACUUGCAUCGUUCUUGCUCGUACGCAAAGUUGAUCCCAACACGAAGUUCCCGCUUGAGUUGGCGGCCGAUGCUGCCCCAAAGACUAAGAGUAAAGCAUCCAAAUCCAAGAAGAAGGAUAAAGGGAAAGCUGCAGACGAAAGCGGACCAUCCACUCCUGCUCCUGAUAACGAAGCAAGUGCGGCCGGUGCACUAACAGACGAAAAAAAGCAACCAGAAACCAACGGCACAAAGGAGGAGACACCGACAACAACAAACGUGCAACCCAAAAAGGAAGAACCAUCAAAUCUAAAAGAGUACUACCAACCCAUAACAAUGCGCUUCUACAGCAGCAAACCUGCAACCCUAGAACCACUAUCCCGCAUCGUCAAACCCGCCGCCGAAGUCCGUAAAUAUAUGGAAGAAAUAAUGGAACGAGCCGAGCGUGCGCCUGCUGGGUUCUUGCCGUUUCGUUUACCGCGCGAAAAGCCUCUUGAGAUUGUCGAUGAAGCGGAUGCCUCAGCUGCCGUUGCCGCUGAGGACGCGAAAUCGAAAUCCAGGGAUGAAAGUCUUGCCAUCGCGACUCCGCGGGACGGAGAAGAUGGCGGUGACGCUGCUGCUGUAGAGGAUGUGGGGCAGGAGGAUUUGGAGUUUUUAUUGAAGGAUUAUUAUGAUGCGCCUAGUGGGCUUGUGCCUAUACGAGCUUGA